UCUUCUGGGGACCAUCAUUUCUGCUUCGGGGUUUUCUGUUCUUUGAGCAAUGUUUGUACGUGAUGGAGAAGAUGCUGGACCUCAGGAUUACGUCACUAGAAGGACUGAAAACAUUCAGUUACUUGGAAGAGCUGAUCUUGGACAACAAUCUACUUGGAAAUGACCUUCUGUUACCCAGGUUACCCCACCUCCAUACCUUAACGCUCAACAAGAACCAAAUAACAGAAUUAGAAAGCCUUUUGGAUCAUUUGGCUGAAGUUGUGCCCUCCCUACAGUAUCUCAGUUUGCUUGGAAACAUGGCCUGCCCAAAUGAACUGGUCUGCAAAGAAAAGGAUGAAGAUGACUACCAGAGGUACAGAUAUUUUGUCCUGCACAAAUUGACAAACCUGAAAUUUCUCGAUACUCGGAAAGUAACCAGGAGGGAGAGAGAGGAAGCAGUGGUAAGAGGUGCCUUCAUGAAAGUGGUUAAGCCCAAGGAUGCUAAGGCCUCCAGUGAUGCUGCCUCCACCUCUCCAGAGAUGUACUAUACACCUCUGCCUUCGGGAUCCAGAGACCUCACCAAUCACAGAGGCAUUUUGGGAAAAUGCCGCUACAUCUACUAUGGAAAACAUUCUGAGGGCAACAGAUUCAUCCGAGACGACCAGCUAUAAAACACAGCGUUGUUUCGUGCCUCUUCCAUCCCACCCCAUAAGAAGCACAAAUUGUGUCUAAAUUUUCAGCAUGUAACUAAAGUCCCCUAGUGCCUUCUGCUGACUUUGCCAACCCCGUCAAGAUCAUCCUUCUAUCUUAGUCUGAGUAGUCACAUAGAGAUUGACAUGAUUGCCUUUAAGCAGGUCCCAUCCACCAGUGUGACAGACAGCUGCAGCCGAGCACCCGACCUGACAGGAGGAGCACCGUGAUGGAUUGCCUGGUCCGGUUGCUGCUCGCGGAAGAGCAGGGGUCACACCUGGGGCUUCAGCAAGCAUGCUCCAUGGGUCGGCGCCUCAGCAAAAGCAGCACGUUUAUCUCCAGCUUGCCUGUUGAGCGAAAGUGGCUGGCGAUAUCAAAGUGUUUAUAAAAGAGAGAGGCUAUAGUUUCAGAUGAAAAAGCCCUUAUCUGUUCCUAUUUUUUUUCCCUGUGAAUUAAGCGCUUGUGUUUCUAUCAUCUCAUACGUGCUUACACAAAUCCUUUCACAGUGUUUUCUUUGGUUUGGUGUGU